CAAAGGGGAGUAGCUAGAAGAUAAACAUUAGCUUGGCCCUACCUACCUGUGCCCUUUGAUUCCAUCACAUACUGUCGCACGUAAGCAAGAUGUCGCGCCUAUAUCUGCUGAGCGUGAUUCUGGGCCUGGUAGGGCAAAGUCUCGCUGCUUGCCCGGCUGGGUACGUAGAGGUGCAGGGCACGUGCCUGAAGUUCUCUACCGACAGCAAACCGUACGCGGACGCCAGGGCCACAUGCCAGGCUGAGGGGGCACGUCUCGUCGUGGUCAAGACGGCCGCAAUGGACACUUACCUCGGGGACACCAUCAAAAACAGCUACAAUGACAACACCUGGAUCGGCCUGGACGAUCUGAACAGUCCGACGCACCAGUUUGUCUGGAGUGACGGCAGCACUCUGACUUCUUCCGACUACAGCAAUUGGGACGGUGCCCAGCCGGACAACCCUGACACAGAGCAGUGUGUGGAGAUUCGCGUCGAGUACAGCUACAACUGGAACAACCACGUGUGCGACGAGCUGAAGCACUACGUUUGCGAGAAAGCGGUGCUUGACGACUGUGUGGGCGAUAAGGACGAGUACAAGACCUGUGUGGAGGCCGCCAUCAUGACGUGCGCGGCGCAGGCCGGGAUAUCCAGUCGCCAUGACAACAGGGUCAGGAGAGCUCUGGAGGAAUACCUUCCUCGGGAAGGGAGCAGCAACCUGGUCGCUGCCCUGGCCGUGGCCGGGGUCGGCGCCCUGGCGGUCGUCAUGAUGGGUGCGCUGUACGUCAUCCAGAAGAAGCGCCUGGCCGCCUGAACUGCUCCCGACGGAGACACUGCAGAUAGACAUAAUUAUCCGCGGAUAAUGUGUAGUAAACUGUAGUAAACUGUGAUAGCAAUAGUGCCUUUAUGUGUAAAUGAGUAACAAUAUCAGUCACUAAGCACAUUCCAUUCUGAAACCCUUAAGAGAGAUUUAUGUAAAUCCAAUCUAUCUAGAUACUUAAGCGUAACUGCGAUCUUUUGGAAUGGAACUGUAUGUGCUUUUUGGAACACGAAGGAGAAGAAAUAAAGUGCAGUAUUGUUGAUACA